ACUCCACACCACUCCACACCACACCAUAACUUUCCCUCUUCUCUCUCUCUCCUCCAUAACCCUGCUCCCAAAAAUGGAGGACUCUGCAACUUCUGUGACAUCAAUCUGGGCUUCCCUCAACAGUUGGUUCACUUCCACCGUCCUCUUCAUCCUCCUCAACCUCAUGAUUGCCACCAUUGUCUUCACCUCCAACUUACCCAACAACAAUCAACAACAACAGGAAGAAGAAGAAGAAAACCCAAAGCAAAAUUCUCCAACCGACAACCACCGGAAUCAACCCAAAAUCUCCAGAUCUCCCUCCAUCCUCCACCGUCUCAAGUCCUUUAACUUCUACCCCCAAAGACCCGAACUGGAAUUUUCUCCAGAUACGCACUACCACUUACAACCUUUAGAAGUUGCAGCUACACAGUAUGUAUUCAAUCAACCUAUCCAAUAUGAACAUUUCGAUUUCGAUCCAACAGCUUCCGAUCAGGUUGCGGACGUCCCUCAGUUAUCUGCUCGCAAUCGAACCCAUGAAGUAGGAUUAUCUGGUUUGGAGACCCAUGUUGUUUGGGAACAGCAGCAAUCCUUGGAAACAGUGAUGAACCAUUUCGAUUCUGACCCGACCCACCAAGAGAUCCUGAAAGAUACGGAUUCUGAAAACGCCCAUGAAGAAGAAGAACAGACCGACAAAUUCCAGAGUUUGGAUGAGGUGUACAGUCGGCUGAAAGGCGGGAACGUCGACAGAAGCAAUUCCGAUGGGGCUAUUCCACGGAAGCCACCGGCGAAGAUGAAGAAAUCGGCGAGUUUGAAAGUGGGUUUUUCGCAUUUCGAGGAGGAAGAGAUCGUGGAGGCUCGGCGGCCGGCGACCAUGAGAGAGAGAAAGUCUGCGGUUAGGGCGACGGAGGACGAUGAUGUGGAGGUGGAUGCGAAGGCGGAUGACUUCAUCAACAAGUUCAAGAAUGACCUGAUGUUGCAGAGGAUCGAGUCGAUUGCCGGACGAAGUAAGUAGAGGGACUGCCAAGUAAAAUACUUAAUUUACUGGGUGUUUUCUGUGACAAUUCCAAAACCCCAAGGAUUAUUUUGAAAGUUAGGUUUUAAAGAAAGAUGCACAUAUCGAAAUGAAGCCCUUUUAGGUCAAAUUUUCACGUGGGGCAUUUUGGUUGAUGUGGAGUUUGUUUAUUGGAUUUGAGUGAAGAGAAAUGAAUUUACUAUAAAGCCCUUUGUUGGUGACGUCAAUUUUAUAGACCAUACUUGCCGAUUGUCACUAGGACCAUUCUGUAAUCUAGAGGGUACAAUGGUAACU